AUGUUUAUUCUUCUUUUAUUCAUAUCAAUUUCACUUGGUGAUUAUACUGCUGAUAAACUCAUUAAUAACCAAGAACCAAGAACUGCUGUUCCACAUUGUGCAUCAGUCUCAAAUGGAGCAUGCGCUAGUUGUGAUGAAGGUUAUGAACUUAAAACUGAGUCUGGAAGUGGAAGUACUCAAAAAUGUACUCUUAAAGAAGAAACUUGUAAAAGUGCUUUUUCUUAUUAUGACGGUAGUGAUUCUAAUUCUCCAAAAUGUGUUUAUUGUGAAAAUGGAAAAGAAAGUGAUACAUCAUCUUCUAAUAAUGAGAAAUGCAAAUGUAAGAAUGGUGUUGAUACUUGUGAGUCAUGUCUUUCAAAAGACAACGAUAAAUGUGGUGAAUGUGUUAUUGGAAUGUCUACUACUACUAAUGGAGGUCAGAAGUUAUGUGAUACAGUAACUACAGACGAACAUGCAGAAAAUUGUGUUGGUCUUACCGCAAAAGAUUCAUCUUCAAAACAAUGUGAUAAAUGUUUUGGUAUGUAUUCUCUUCAAAGUGGUCAAUGUACUAAAAAGAAUGAAAAGAUUGAAAAGUGUAUUUUACAAGUUGAAAGCUCUUGUAACCAAUGUGCAGAUGGAUAUUAUAUUAAUACUGAAAAAAAAUGUACUAAAUACCCAGAUCAUUGUUCAAAGAUGAAUUCUGAUAAGUGUAAUGGUUGUAUGGAAGGUUAUUAUUUAAAUGGUACAGAAUGUAAGGUAUGUACAAUUGAUAACUCAAAAGAUCUCUCAGAAGGUAACGAGUGUAGUAUUUAUAACGCUGAACAUUGUGAAUCAUGUAAUAAAAGAUGUACUGUUUCUGAUGGAGUUUGUGUCAAGAAUCAUUGUCGUUUAUUCUCACCAACAGAAGAAAAUAAAUGUACAAAAUGUGAUGAUGGAUAUUUCUUAACAGGUGCAGGAAAGUGUUCACCAAAUUUAAAUGAUGGUUUCAAAACAUCUGCAAAGACAGAAUGUCAAAAAGGUUAUUAUUUAGAAAAAGAUGGAGAUAAAAAGAGAUGUUCACUUUGUCCAGAUCCAUUUACUGAAUGUCUUACUUCCCAAACACCAGUUCCAGGUAAGUUAAAUCUUAGAAGUGCACACUUAACAUCAACUGAUGGGCCAUGCAAACUUCCAGGAUGUUUAUUAUGUAGUGAUGAUGAUACUAUUUGUUAUAAAUGUGAGAAUGGACUUACAUUGAAUGGAACUCAUUGCUAUAAUUUUGAUGUUAAAAAAGUCCUUGGUACUAGUGGUAACAACCAUCAAGUGUGUAAGAUGAGAGGAUAUGAUCAAUAUGAACAAUAUUUGAAUGCAUUUAAAGCAUCUGAUAAUACUUAUUAUUGUCCACUUAAGGAUCUUUAUUUACCAUAUUAUUUCAGUGUUACUAAAGGUUCAGAUAAUAAAAUUACUAUUGGCUGUGUUGGUAAGGAUAGAGAUGUUAAGAAUGAUUGUGAAUGUAAUGACAAAUAUAUUCCAAAGUCAGUUGACAAAGCAUCAGACUGUGUUUCAAUCAAAACAAAACUUCCAUCAUGUGAAAGAGCAGCCAAUGAAAACAUUUGUACACAAUGUCCAGUUGGAUCACAUGUAGAUAGUAAUGGUAAAUGUUCUUGUGGUGAUGCACAUUAUUUUGAUCAAAACAAUAAAUGUCAAGAAUGUCCAGCUAGUUGUUCUAGUUGCUCUUAUGAUAGUUCUAAAAGUAAAGUUGUAUGUAGUGAAUGUUAUGAAAAUAUUCAAGGUGUCUCUACAAGAGAUAAAGAUAAUGAAUGCGCUUGCAAAAAGGAUACUCCUGAGUAUAAAGAAGGACUAAAUGCAGAAGAUAAGAAGAAAAGUUGUGCACAACUAAAUAAUAAUUGCAAAGAAGAAGGUCACUAUAAGAUUAGUGAUGGAUUUAUUACAUGUCUUGAAUGUGAUGACUCAGCUUAUAUUGUUGAUUCACAAACAAAGGAGUGUGCCCAGUGUGCUUCUAAUGCUUUUAAAGAUGAAAAUAAUAAAUGCCAACUUUGUUCUACUAAAAAGGACAAAUAUGGACAUUGUUCAGCAUGUUCAGCAACAGCAUGUAUUAUAUGUGAAGACACUAAUUUAGUUCUUGCUGCUAGUGGUUCAAAUGCACAAUGUACUGUAUGUAAAGAUGGAUUUUAUCAAAUUGAAAGUCCAACAGAUGGAGUGUAUUGUAGUCCAUGUCCUGCAAAAUGUAAAACAUGUAAAUAUAGUGCCGAUAAAAAGGAGAUUGAAUGUGUGACAUGCACUGACCAAAGUUCUGUAGACAUUAAACCACCAACAUGUGCUUGUCUAACAGGAACAGUUCAACUUGAAAAUGGAACGUGUCAAAGUUGCUCUGACCUUUCAAAAUAUCCAGGAUGUAAAACUACUGACACAUGUAAUGUUGAUAGUAGAACAGGAUAUAUCUAUGCAACAGAAUGUUCAGAUGGUUUUAGUGGACGUAGUCCUUAUAGUAAUUGUACUACAUGUAUUGAGUCUAAUUAUUAUCCAAAAGAAGGAGAAAAGAAUGGGUGUGCUAAAUGUGAUGAUAAAUGUGCAACAUGUUCAGAUAAAGACACUUGUUUAACAUGUACUGAUCCAUUAAAGAUAGGAAGUAAAUGUGAUGAAUGUAAAACAGGCUAUUAUAUGUCAAAUGGUGAAUGUAAGCCAUGUACCAAUCAUUGUAGUGAAUGUAGUAGUGCCGCAGAAUGUACAGUAUGUGAGAGUGAUACAUACAAGGUAAUUAGUGGAAAUGGAUGUAAUGCAUGUGUAGAUGGAUUCUAUUUUGAUGAGAUUAAAGGAACAUGUAUACCAUGCACAUCACCAUGCACUAAAUGUGUUGGAGUAAAGAAAGAUUGUGAAGAACAAGAAACAGGAUGUAAUUCUGAGAAGAAGAAAAUAGUAGAAGAAUGUACUAAAUGUUCAACAAAAGAUCAUAUUGCUGAAGUACCAGUGAAUGGAGCAUGUGUUUGUGCAUAUGGAUAUGUUGAAGGCACUUCUACAGAAGAUAAUAAAAUUGAAUGUCAAUCAUGCAAAGCUAAAGUUAAUGAGUUUUGUGAUUCAUGUAAUUCCAAAGACUGUUUGAGAUGCAAUGCUGAAUAUUUAGAAGCAAAAGGAGGAGAAUGUGUAUGUGUUGAAGGAUAUUACACAUCUAGUUGGGGAUCAUGUAUUCCAUGUUCAAGACAUAUGCCACAUUGUACUAAAUGUACAGGAGAAGGUGAAUGCACAACAUGUGAAGAUGGAUGGAAAUUAAAAGAUGGAAAGUGUAAUGGAGCUAAAGGCAUUUUCAUCAUGAUGAUGAUAGUCAUGUUAGCAUUUAUGUUCUAA